AGAGGCCAGUGUUUGUCUCGCGUAAGCUUAGGGAGGACGCUUAACAUCGGGUAAUAUUCGCAGCCUAUCCACCACUUUUCCUCAGUGUCAGUGAAUACUCUCAAACCUGGGCAUUCGGUUGAGCCGGCGAAACUGGAACAAACUAUCCUGUACGAGUUCUCAUGACUGGGCAUGACUUAUGUUUCUCUUCAGAUUUUUAUCGUCAAGCUGAGAUUUUAUCCAGCGAAUCCAACCUAGGACUCGUAAUUUCUUCGAAAUGGAUGCUAAUCAUUUAAAACUACUGAAUUUUUUUGCAGCGGGAAUUUUAGUGAACACCUUGAUGAUGAGUAUGCUAUCAGAACUCUGCAUAGUUGGAGUCUACUGGUAUACUUACUAGGACUGCCUUGUAAGAACACUGCAUGGAGAUACCUGAGCAUCACAUCUAUAUGAGCUUGUUGAAAAACCUAUUCCAAAAGGGCUUGGCUCGCAACCAAGAUUUCAACCAUCCCACAGAUGCAGAGAGGUUGAGUUCAGGGCUCUGUGCAGCAACAGAGGAAAUUAAGCUUUUCAUGCACAAGCCAUGGAUUCUGGAGUGUAAUAAGACAGUUCUUCAGCUGGAGAUGGAGAAGUGUGGUGAACGUUUUAAGACUGAUAUGGAGGAGGUGGACCCGCAGAACUGGUGCAAUUUGACACACUUUAUUGGUGAGUACCACUUCUUCUCAGCCUGCACAGAGGACAACGCAGUGAAGAUUGGCUGCUUUUGGCCUAACCCUGUGGUAGAGCACUAUAUUAUCCGCAUCCACAAACAAUUCUUUUCCAACUGCACCUUGAAAUCUGCGGUCUGGGGUGAUCCAUCUGAAGAUACUCUCAUAAUCCUUAUCCUUGUUCCAGUCUUCCUCACACUAACCAUGGUCGCAUUGGUAGUAUGGUGCAGUAAGCGAAGUGAUAUACUGGCUUAGCACUGAAGACCAAGGUCCAGAAGGAAAGGCCAUGAGCAAAUAACACAUUUUGGCACAGGAGUGUUAUCAUUCCUUUUAAUCAGGACAUUAAUAAAUGCAAUUGAGAACUUAACACAUUGGUAAAAAUAUUUACUUUUGUGACAUUUCCCUUGAGGAUACCAUCUAUCAUUACUGUGUGACGAUGACACUGUUUGAGCUCUCAUUUUAGUUCUUUGUGAGACUUUGCCUUUGGGAGCUAUGAACAGAAGUCAGGGAUAUUGUUACCAAGGAUAUUGACUACACAUGGACAUUUCAACUGUAUGUAAAGCUUUUUCUCCCUUUCCACCAUCAGUGUAUUUUUAGAGAUUCCUACAUUAAGCUUGACUUCCUGAGUCCUGGUUUGAUUUCCUGUGGAUGCUGUCAUUUACUGUGCCACUGUAGGUGCUUCAAUGAGGGACUCCAGUUUUCUCCACUGUGGUUUGAGAUGUGAAUUUAAAUAAUUGUUAUUUGAUUUAACAGCUGAUGCUAUCUCUCAUUUGUAGAUAAAGUUUACAUUUUAGGAGCUGAUAUUUGGGUCUAAAGAAUUAAUAUAAUUAUGCACUGUACUGAAAUAUAAAGUUAAUAGCCUAGAAUUAGGACAUUUGUCAAAAGUACACCUCUAGAGUAUUGCAAGUUCAUGUAAAGUCCAGUUUCAUAAUAUUUUAAAUAUGUCAGGUGAACUGUCAUGUAUAUAAUGUGUUAUAUUGUUCUUACCAGAUUUAGAACCUGGUGUCUGAGCAGAAUUGUUAUAUUAAAUGUGAGGAAACUGACAAAAACUGAAUGAAUCCACCAGAUAAUUGGUCAGUGACAAAGAACAAGACCAAUAAUAAACAACAGCAAUAACACAGUCACAGAUUGCAGAAAGACAUGAAAUGUAAUACAGUAAAGUAAUAGCUGAAAUCUAGCUAUAAAUCUACUACAUGUGUUGGGAAAGACAUUGUUAACAAUAUAUUUCAUUGGAUUGUGAGCACAAUAAUCACUUUAGGACAAACAAAUAAAAUAUGACAGGAGGCAUUAUUUAUAUGAUGAGGAAAGGCUUUGCAUUGUGACUGGCUUAAAGAUACAAACUGAAGACAAUGACAUAUUCUGAAAUGUCAUACCCUCAAUGACUGUCAUAUGAAGCAGUGGUCCUUCAAGCUAGGCUCCAGGAAGGAUAUAAAACUUGUUCCCAGAGAAGGCAAAGAAUUAGAGGAAAUGGGCUGGCUAUGAUUUUUACCAAAGAAGGCACAGGAACUGUAGAGAGUGCAGUUUUUCUCAAAUGUGCAUUGUUGUGGCUGAUGAUGGAAUGUCAUUGCCAUUAUUAUAAGGCAUUUGUCAUGAGAUAGUCUUUUCUGUUUUUAAUAUGUAUUAAGGAUACAACCUGAAUAUACUUUAAUAUUCUCUGUGUGUUUUACUGUUAUUGCUUUGCCUUUGUGUUUAUGUGUCUGAAAAUCUUGGAGUGUGUAUAUAAUAUAUUUUGUCUUUUGUCUUUAACACAAUUACAGUAGAUUUAUUUUAUUUUUUUUUGUUUUCCAUUUUUCUCUAUAUGAUUCUUACUAGCAUGAUACUUUUCUUUUUCCUACUCUAACAUGCAGGCAAUCCAAACAGGACGUCAACCCCCCCUGGCCUUCCUCCCCUCUCCUUUUCAUUUCAAAACUGAUAUAUGGCACAUACACAUAUUCACUCAGACAGGCCAUUACCUAAGGCCUUACAAGACCUGUGCUGUAAUCAAAUUCAUGAGGGAUUUUUUGUACUUGACAUCAGUGUUCACUCAGAAAGGGUUGAAAUAAAUCAUAUUUUAUGAUCAGUAAA